AUGUUGAGCAAUUUCAAGAGCUUCAUUGAGAAGAAUAUAAGUGAUAAGGACUUGGAGAAGAAGGUCAAUAGUAUAAAGGUCAAGAUAAAGGAUAGCUUGAUACAUUCACCAAAGCAGCCGAGAAAGAGGAGCUUUCAAUUGAGCUUCUCUGAUCCUGUUAUAUUGCCACCUCCUCUGCCUGCGAUCAGUGCCAACGAGGAGCUGUUCUAUCAGCCGCGAACAGAGUACGCUAUCAACCCAUUCAGCUUCUAUCACAACAAGGACGAUGAGGACGACGAGCCCGUGCCGGUGCCCGACCUCAACGUGCUGGAGACCGAGCUGCCCGUCAUCCCCGAGCCGCAGGAGGGCUUGCACCCUCUGGGCUUUGACGGCAUGACAUUCGGCUCGCGACGCGAGCAACAUCAGGUUGUCGACGUGACGCCCCGCUUCAUGUCGGGCAAGUCACAUCCGAUGCGCACGUACAAUCAGACGCCGCCACAAGAGCGUGUCAUAUCGCUGCAGGAGUUGAACACAUCGGUCAACGUCACACUGCUAUCAUACGUGUGCAUUGCCGACUUCCCAAUGACCACCAAGACCAAGAAGGUGUUGUGGAAGCGACUGUCCAUGUGUCCUCUGCUCGAGACCCUCAUUCUCAAGAACAUUGGCAUUGGAUGUAUUGGAAAGAAGGGUACCAGGUUCCCCAACCUUAGGUUCUGUGAUGUAUCACAGAACAGGAUAUCAUCAUUCAGAUCGAUCAGAAAGGUGAUCAAGUACUCACCAAACCUUGAGGUGUUCAAUCUGCUGGGCAAUCCGGUAUGUCGCGAUGACUACCAGUUGCAUUUGGUCGCCAAGUUAUUGGUGUUGGAGACGAUUAAUCAGAAGCAGAUGACGAUUGACGAGAGGAUCCGUGGCAUCACGCUGUACGGCACAUCAAGCGAGAAGUCUGUGAUCGAGACGACCAGGUGGCGCCUGCAUCUGGACGACCUGGCCGAGGUGCGCGCGAUGCGCCCCGUUCACACAGGCUGGCUGCCCCAGAACAUCCGUCAUCUGGUACUGCAGAACUCGAUGCUGCGCUACUUCUACGUUGGAAACAUGCCCAACCUCAACCAUCUGGACCUGUCGUCCAACAUGCUCACCGACAUUAGCAAGGCGGGCCUGGAGAAGUGCAACCAUCUCUUCUACACCAACUUCCGCGGCAACCUGCUCGCCAAGCCCGACACUAUCAACGUGUACGAGCUGACGCCCUCGAUGCGCUUCGUCAUUCUCGACGGCAAUCGCCUGGAGGGCUAUCGUCUGCGUCUGAUCUACAUCACGCGCGACCUCAAAGGCACGAACAGGAUGUGUGGACUGGUGCAGAUUGAUGACGUGGCCGUCACCAAGGAGGAGCGCAUCAAGGCGAUUGAAGCGUUCGAGCCGGCCAACCCUGCCGCCGCUGCAUCGUACCGCUGGCGCAUGACAUUGAUCGAGCGAUUCGGACACAAGCAGUUGCAGACCAUCCCAGACUAUUUGACCAAGGUCAAGGGCAUCCAAUUUGCCCGCCUCAACCUUUCGGCAUGCGACAUCUCGAUGUUCAUCAGCGUCCAGGUGAUGGACCUGUCGGGCAACCAUCUGAGCUCGUUGAACGGACUACAGAACCUCAAGUUCGUGCGCAUACUCCACCUGCACGACAACCCCGAGCUGGACACCAGCAUCGUCUUGCAGCAGCUCACACACACCGACACGCUAGAGUCGUUCACAUUCUAUGUCAACAACACCCCGACCGUGCAGCGAUCACAGACAUCAAUGGAGUACCGCGCACUCAUUCUCCAGCUGCUUGUGCCCAAGAACAGGAAUCUCUUGCUUGUGGACAACGCACCAAUCACAUUCUAUGAGCGAGUGGAUGCGUAUGGACGCGCUGGAUUCCCUCGCGAGGUCGUCGAGAAGUACCGCUUCUUCCUGGCCCUCACAGUCAACUGCACGCGUGCACAAAACCGAGGCAUUCAUCCCGAUCAGGUCGAGAUUGGCAAGCAGUACGACCCGACCCUGAUCACAGUGAUGCGCCGACUACGAGGCUGGAACAUGGUGACCGAGGCCAUCAAUUUCUCGUUCUUCCCGCUCCUCACCGAGCUGGACCUGGAGCAGAACAGGAUCGUUGACAUCGCCCCCAUCGGUCUAAACAACCUGCCACAUCUAAAGCGACUGUCGCUGGUGAACAACUGCAUCACCUCGCCACUGCCAGUCGUUGGCCAGCUGUUGGAGCAUCUGACCAACCUGGAGAUAUUCGCCAUCCGAGGCAAUCCCAUCAUGCAGACGCAACAGGACCGUCUGAUGCUUAUUGGACACGUGCCAUCGAUGCGACAGAUCGACUCCACGCUCAAGGUCAUUGACACAGAGGUCACGAUCAACGAUAAGAUCGAAGGCUGGAAGUUGGUCACCAACGAGCUGAAGGAGCCCGAGGAGUUCAAGCUCCUCUACAUCACUGGCAUCAAAUCCAUCAAUCUGUUUGACGACUCACUCGUCAACCUUGAGCUAUGCGGCUGUUCAUUGGAGUACCUUGACGUCACUCCAUACUCCUCGCUCAAGACACUGAUACUUCCAAACAACAAGUUCAAGUCAUUUAACAACCUCCCAGGCAUUACCAAGUUGGAGAUAUUCGCCUUGGACCUAAGAUAUAACGAGUUCGCAUCAGUUGAUGAUGUUAAGGCUGGAGUACUCCAGAUGCCCUACCUUCAGGUGCUGGGCAUGAUGGGCAAUCCCUUCAAGAACACCAGCAGCUACAGGGUCAAAUUCCUGUUCCACCUGCUGCCAUUAUACACACAACACCGCUACCCAUUGACAAUCCUCGACUCGAGCGAGAUCACCUGCGAGGAGCUGUUGGAGGCGUCCACCUACCACCUCGCCAACACAGACUCGGCAAGCAGGCGUGAGGGAUUGUUCAAUAUCUGUCUGCUGCGACGAUCAUCCAACCAUGACUACAGCACACUGGUCGAGCUCGAUCUGCACGGAUGCAACCUCUCCGUCCUGUUCCUUGGCCGUCUCCCCAACCUUGUCGUACUCAACCUGGCCGACAACCUUAUAUCCGACACGAACUAUAAGGAGAGUGGCAUCAUAGCCUUGCAGAACCUGCGAGCAUUGGACCUGCGUAACAACAAGCUGAAGGAGUUGACAAACAUAUGCAGAGUGAUCGAUGUGCUGUCAUUAGAGUCGGUCUUCAUUGAGGAGAACCCAUGCUAUGACAAGGACAGCGAGAAGGACAGGAUACGAUUCUUCAAGAAGUUGACCAACACCAGGCACAUGACAACACUCAAAUACCUCAAUGGCAUUGAAGCGACACCAGCAGAUCAUAUUGGAUUCGGCAAGACAAAGUCCAGGAAGUAG